GCGUCCCCCUUUUGCCGAUCCAGUUGUGCCGAUCGGUAAUUUCCCGCGUCCACCAAAACCAGUUGCCGCCGUUUUUUUCGUCGCCGCCACGGACCAGGAUCGACCGGUGCCGAUGAAGCCAGCGGAGGACGAGGAUGCGCCGGCGACGGCGGCAGCGCAGACGGUCUGGUACGACCCCAUGACUUCGCCGCAGGCGCCGGCGCCGCAGCAGCAGCCGGCGAUAGAGGCUGCGAUGCGGGGGGCCUCGCCGUCGGUGAGCUCCAACGCGCGGCCUCUCAGGGUGUACGCCGACGGCAUCUAUGAUCUCUUCCACUUCGGCCAUGCGCGCGCGCUCGAACAGGCCAAGAAGUCAUUUCCCAACACCUACUUGCUGGUAGGUUGCUGCAGCGACGAGAUCACCCACAUGUACAAAGGAAAGACCGUCAUGACCGAGGACGAGCGCUACGAAUCGCUUCGGCAUUGCAAGUGGGUCGACGAGGUCAUACCGGACGCUCCAUGGGUGAUCAACCAGGAGUUCAUCGACAAGCACGACAUCGACUACGUCGCUCACGACGCGCUCCCAUACGCUGACACGAGUGGAGCUGCCAAUGAUGUCUAUGAAUUUGUGAAAGCCAUCGGGAAGUUCAAGGAGACGAAGCGCACCGAGGGCAUCUCGACGUCGGACAUCAUCAUGAGGAUCUUGAAGGACUACAACCAGUACAUCAUGCGGAACCUCACCCGCGGGUACAGCCGCAAAGAUCUCGGCGUCAGCUACGUCAAGGAGAAGCAGCUGAGAGUCAACAUGGGGAUCAGCAAGCUACGGGAGAAGGUGAAGGAGCACCAGGAGAAGUUCCACAGCGCGGCGAAGAUCGCUGGGACCAACCCUGUGGAGUGGAUGGAGAACGCGGACCGCUGGAUCGUUGGCUUCCUUGAGAAGUUCGAGGAAGGCUGCCACAUGAUGGAAACUGCCAUUAAAGGUCGGAUUCAGGAGGGGUUGAAGCGGCAAGGCAGGUCGGAGUCAAACCUUUCUGGAGAGGAGUCCGACUCGUAGUUCUGUGAUCUCCCCCAAAUGAAGCUAGACAAAAGGAGAACUGGAGAUCAUUUCCCACAGUCUGUGUAACAGUAUGAGAUUGGUUAAUUAGCAUGUUAUUGUAGGACGCCAUGGAUCAUUGUUUAGUUGUACCUGGAGAUUAUGUAGUUUUGAAGAACAAUCGUGUUUCUGUAUGCGAUCAGUUGCUCCUUCAUUGAGCAUAUCUGCAUCUGGCACCUGCUAGGAAGUAGGAACUGCUAUUGUUUU